CCUGUGAAGGUCAGAUGGCACUUUAAUGAGCCCCGCAGAGACGUCUGCUACUAUCAUCCAUGGCGAGGUCCAAGGCGAGGGUGUACACCUGGUGCGCGCUGCUGCUUCUCUGCGUGCUCGUCUUAAUUGUGUGUCUUGCUGUAUUUGUGAGACGCAAGUGUCCAGCCGGGACUUUCUCACGUGCUGCAGUGGCCGCAGACUCUCGGACGUGUUCAGAGAUUGGACGGGACAUCCUCCAACGUGGGGGCUCAGCGGUAGAUGGCGCCAUUGCUGCGCUGCUGUGCACCUCCAUCAUCAACCCCCAGAGUAUGGGCCUUGGAGGGGGGUCCAUAUUCACUGUGAUGGACAGCUCUGGUAAAGUGAAAAUCAUCAACGCCAGAGAGACCGUACCACAGAAGUUUAAACCUGACCUGCUCAAGUCAUGUCCCAAGACCUUCCAGCUGCUGUCAGGUAGCGAGUGGAUUGGGGUCCCAGGGGAAAUUCGAGGAUACGAACAGGCACACAGGCUUUAUGGGAAGCUGCCGUGGGCCACCCUCUUCCAGCCGACCAUCCAACUGGCCAGGGAGGGGUUUCCCAUCCCUCAAAUCCAGGGUCGAUACAUCUCACACGUUGAUACGAACCAGACCCAGGCACUGCGGAAGUUAUUUUCAGAUAAGGACGGGAACUUGCUGAAGACUGGCAACACAGUGAGGUUUGAGAAACUGGCCGACACCUUUGAGAUGAUUGCAAAUCACGGGGCAGACGUCUUCUACACUGGGAGAGUGGCAGAGGAUUUAAUCCGAGACAUACAGGAGGCAGGAGGAACGCUCACGGUGCAGGACUUGGCGUCGUACAGAGCUACAGUGACUGAUGCGUGGGCUGUUCCUUUGGGAGAGUACCAGAUGUACAUACCUCCACCCCCUGCAGGCGGCACCAUCCUCAGCCUCAUCCUGAACAUCCUCAAAGGAUAUGGCCUGAAUUCAGCGUCUCUGACAGGUGAACUGAAGACUCUGGCAUAUCACCGCUACGUUGAAGCCUUCAAGUUUGCCAAUGGACUGAAGAAACACAUCCAUCCACAGCUCACAUCAGAACAAAUGGCGAGGAAAUUCACCGAGGACAGCUUUGCCGACAACAUACGCAACUUGAUCAGCAGCGACAAGACUCACGAUCCCCAGUACUACAACAUCACCCCGCACCUGGACAGUGUGGGCACCACGCACGUGUCGGUGCUGGCUGAGGACGGAUCUGCUGUGUCCGUCACCAGCACCAUCAACCACAUCUUUGGCUCCAAGGUCUUCUCCCCGAGCACCGGAGUCAUCCUCAACAACGAGCUGUCUGACUUCUGCGGCCGAGUCGACAAUCUCUUUCCUGGGGAUCAGCCUCCCUCCUCCAUGUCUCCCGCUGUGCUGAAGUCUCAGUCGAAGACGCUGGUGAUUGGAGCGACCGGUGGGAGCAUGAUAACGACCGGGAUCGCCUCGACGCUCAUGAACCACCUUUGGUUUGGCAAGAGCCUGAAGGAGGCCAUCGCUGCCCCUGUUGUUUUUAUCGACUCUAAAAACGCACUGAGGUUUGAAUCCAACUUUGACAAGAAUGUAAUCAAGGCUCUUAAAGCUCUGGGACACAAUCAAGAGAUGUCGAACAUCUUCUACAACGUAGUCAACGCUGUGGAGCAGGAUAAUGGCUGUAUCUGUGCCGUGUCUGAUGCCAGGAAACUGGGCCAAGCAGCCGGAUACUGAGACAGCGAGUGAGUGACGUCGGUUGCGUGGGAUGGCCUGAAGGUUGAGGAGACCUUCCUGCUGCCACGAACAGAUUGUGUUUGUCCUGCUGGAAAAUUAUCGCAUGAGGCGCUGAACAACAGGCGUCUUCAGCUGAACACUUACAGUUACAUGUAGCGAUUAAAAACACGUGGCCGCUGAUUGUUACUGUGACAUGAUGGAACUCUCUCUUUGAUUGAACCCGACUUCUCAUUACUCUUGUGUUCAGCUUAUUUUUACAUGUUCUUAUCUCUCGAGCCAUUCCUGACAUAUUUCUGUUGUCAAAAUGAAUUCAAACACUGAUCAAUGUUCAUUCAUUCCAUUGCUGACAUCAUACAAGUGACUUGAUGUUGUUAAUAUCUGGGAUACAUGCUACUUUUCACUGUCUCACUAAGUUAAUAACUUGUUCAUAUCUGGUAUCGUGUGGUAUUCACUGUCAGUACUAGAGCCCUGAUUAUUCAGACAUAAUUAGGGCCCGAGCACCGAAGGACAUGCUCAAAAACUCAUGAAACUUUGCAAGAAAUUCAAAAGUGGUAAAAAUGUACGUAUUCUGGAGUGAUUUGAAAUGGGCAUGGCAAACUGGCCAAUAGCCCCGCCCCCCAAAAGCCCCUUACUUCGCUUUCACCGAUCUUCACGAAAUUGGGUACACAUGUGUAUCAUGAACAGAUGCACAACAAACUCUCAAGGAGCAUUAUUUUGAAUUUAGUGGCCAUUUUACACGUUGAGUGUUUCAACUGCUCCUAAAGCUUUCAUCAGAUCACCUUCAAAUUCGGUGAGGGUCAUCUCAACAACAUGGAGAUUAAAACUACAUUGAUCUUUGAGUUUUCGUCACACAGUGUGACAGGAACAACAGGAAGUAAGCCAUUUUGGAUUUAUUGGCCUUAUUGGCCAUUUUGGCCAUUUUACACAUUGUGUAUUUUAAUGAAACUACCUCUUUUUUUGAGUUUUCAUCACACGUUCUGACCGUGGCAUCAAAGUUUGAUGAUUCGCCAAAAAAGAGGGAUUUAUUAUAACUCCUCUGUGCAUUGUCCAAUCAUUACCAAAAUGUCAAUAUUAACUCUGGGUCAUAGCGCCACCUACUGAUUCACUGUGAAACAAAGUUUUUUUGGACUCCACUGUGCAUUGUCCAAUCGGCACCAAAAUACUCACCUAUGAACAGAGUCGAGAUCUGCACAGAUGUGUUAGUAUGUAGUGAUAGUGAUAGUGAUAGCGCCACCUACUGAUCAGCGUGAAGUGAAGUUGUUGUUAAUCUACUGUACAUUGUCCAAUCGGCCCCAAAUUACUCACGCUUCAUGAGAGCCCCAACCUGAACAGAUCUAAUAGUCUGUAUGUAGUGAUAGUGAUAGCGCCACCUACUGACAACAGGAAGUAAGCCUCGUUUUACAACUUUAAUCGAUUUACAUUAUAUUUUCACCAUGUGGUCUGCACUUGAUGGCGUGGAAACCCCAACCCUAACCCGUAAUGCGCGAUUAGUGGCCGUGGUCCAGCGCCACGUGAGGGACACAGGAACUGCCGUGUUUAUCCUUUCCGGAUUGUAAUAACGCACGCAACACACAGCCAUUUCGUCCGGUCCCCGACCGCCGUACUGGGCAACCACAUCAGGUCCCGAGUUCGCAAGUGCUCGGGCCCGCUCAGUGCUGCUUAGCAGCCCUAGUAUUAUAUACAUUUUUAUUGUUAAAACAUCUGAAAACAUCCUAAAAGCUGCCUUUUAGUAUGAAAAAGUCCUGCAACAACAGUGAUUAUCCUCCUUUGAAAGAAGCUUUUACAAAAAACAUUUUCUUUUUUUUUUAUAUUACUUGAAUACAUUAUACAGGAGCACAUGAAUUUCAUAAUAUGUAUAAUUCUUGACUUGUAUUUACUGACUUAAACACAACUAAUAAAAAGUACCUGAAAUGGA